AUGAAUAAAGAUAAAUCUUCUUUUCAAAAGCUUCCUGCAAUUGCAUAAUGCAGACUCUCUUUAAAAAACAUCAUGGCACUAGCUGAUCUUGAUUAAAAAUAAGUAAGUUUGAAUAUUAUAAAAUUAAAGUCAGUCAAUCACCACAGCUAUGUAUAACCACUUAGCGAAAGAAUUCCAAGAAAAAAUAUCAAAGUUCAUUCUUCCAUUUUGGAUUUUAAGUCAAACUAUAAAAGAAUGCUUACAAAUUCAAAAUAUGGCAUAAAUUAUAUGCAAAAAAAAGUCUUUUCUAAGCUUGAUCCUCUAUGA